AUGAUGGCAGCAGCUGUAGUUUGUCGAAUUCUAACUGUACCGAAUGCUACUAUACAAGAAGGAUUUGCCGAUUUCAAACCACUUCCUCAUCGACUUGAGUAUGUUGGGAAUUUUUGUGGCAUUGAUUUCUAUAAUGAUUCCAUUUCAACAAUUCCUGAAACUACUAUCGCAGCUUUAAACACGAUUCAAAAUGUAGAUACUCUAAUUUUGGGCGGAUUUGAUCGUGGAAUUGAAUAUGCUAAUUUAAUAGAAUUUAUUUAUCAGCAUCCUAUUCCGAACUUGAUCUUCAUUGGAUCUGCUGGCAAACGAAUGCACGAAGCUUUUACAAAAAAAUCACUACCCGAAAGUCACUUUUACGUAGCGAAAACAUACGCAGAAAUAGUGGAUAUUGCUUUCAAGGUUACUCGAUCUGGAAAGACUUGUUUGCUUUCACCAGCUGCCGCAAGUUACGAUAUGUUUACGAAUUUUGAAGAAAGAGGCACCACAUUCAUACAUUUAAUUGAAAAAGCAUGUCAGUGUAACCCUUGA